UACUCCUUCGGGGGAACAUUUGUUAACAAUGGAGGAGUAGGUGGAUCUGUGGCAACCUAUGAGAACCAUGCUGCUGCAGCUGGUACAACCUUUGUCAAGAAUAAUCAGAGGCCACUGGAGUACAGGAUUGUGAAAUACAUGGAAGCAUCUAGCAUCAAAUACUUUGAGGUGGAUCACAGAUACAUUCACAUGGACAACAAAGGAGUAGCUUCACCCGUAGCAACAAUGAUAAUGGAAGAAAACACACACUUGUAUGAAUUCAAUGAAACCCAGGUUGAUGGCAAAACUAGAGUACUAUUCUACCACCCUGCUGAUGCUUCUCAGAUAACAGUCAUAAUUCACUUUUUCCUCGGCGAUCGCUCAGGUCAGGUCCACAUCAGAAUUAACCAGCUCAUCUAUGUGGAAUAUGUGGAAUCUGUAUCCAACAGAACAGAGGCUCCAGUAAGCUACAUCAUUGACAAUGGCUCAGAGGUUGUGUUUCCAACUGAAGUCCACAUGCAGGGAAUCAACACAACUCUUGGAGGCCUGCUCACAGGCAUGCAUCACAUGUACAUUCAGGAUGGCUGUACUCUGGUUGUUGAAGACACUGCUCAGACAGCCCAGCUAGAAAAUGAGGAGUAUGUAGACAAAACAGAUCCUGGAAAUUUCACAAUUCCUACCAUAAAUGUCAUGAGAGAUGGUGUCCUUCAGUUCAGAAAAAUAGAAACAGACUUUACUGUGAGUGCUGCAUUCUUGGAGGUAAAAUAUGGAGGCAUCAUUUAUAUGAACCAUGGCUUUGUUGAUGCAGGUGAUGUUGACAUUGAAUCCACUGGAAAGUUCAGCCUAGAAGGGCGAGGUCACCCAGCAAUGAUGGGUGAGGGGGCAGGAACAGGUCAGAACGGAGGAAGUUAUGGUGGUGUGGGCGGAGGGGCAACAGAUGACGAUGCAUAUGGCUCAUUGUUUGACCCAACCCAUCUUGGAAGUGGUGGGGGUGGCAGUACAGGUGGAGCAGGGGGAGGAUUUGUCAUGUUCACAAUUGGCAAAUCUUUCCACAUCGAUGGCGUCAUUGAUGCUUAUGGCUUAGAUGCCAUUGGGAACAGUGGAGGAGGAAGUGGAGGUUCUAUCCUAAUUAAGGCUUACAACAUGUCAGGUAAUGGAAUAAUUGAUGCCUCUGGUGGAGAUGGAAGUGGGACAGGCCAUGGUGGUAGUGGAGGCAGAAUUGCAGCCCACAUUGAGAGCACAAAUCUCUUUGCUGGCAAUUACAUGUGUAAAGGUGGUCAAAGUGGGGAUGGGAAUGCCACAAAAAUUGGAGGUCCGGGUACCAUCUACAAGUACGAGUCUGCUAGAGGGCCUCAGUACAGGGAGCUUAAAUACAACCCUAGGCUUGGAGAAACAAUGAUCAUGCCUGAGCACAGGAAAUUGUUAAUUGAAAAUGGUGACCUUCAGACCACCAAUCCAGCUGUGCUUAUGGAAGAGAACAAAAGCUACUACGAGUUUGAGGAAGUCCAGGUUGAAGGGUACAGCUAUGUGCACUUCUACCACCCAGACACUGCAAAUGUGGUGCAAGUGAAGAUCAAUGAACUGACAGGAAACAAGAAAGGCAUGGUAAGAGUGCAGAGCCACCAACAAGUCAUGGUCAACUUUGUGGAGGCCACUCAUACUUACCUGGACUCACCAUGUGGGUUCCAUGUGGACCCUGAAGGGGAACUCAUUUUGCCCUCAACCUAUGUCAUGUUGACUGAGAAAGCCAUUAUUGGAGGUGUGCUCAUUGGAGUUGAAGAACUUAUUAUUGAACGCAAUGCAGAACUAGUUGUUGACAAUAAUGCAAGUACAAUCCUUGUUGAUGAAAUUACAAUGGGAACACUACAAACCUCAUUAAACCCAGGAGUUGUUGACUUUUCAUCAAUCUCUGUCAAUAAUCUAGGCCUUUUUACACUGGACAUGAACCCACAGCAUCCAACAAUAGCAGCUGGUACCUUUACAGUCCGCAAUGGUGGGACAGUGAUAUCUGCUACACAGCAGGCCACAUUUGAGACAAGCGCUAUGACAGUUGAGAAGGGAGGGUUGAUCGACGGGACAGGCGAGGGUUAUGAUCUACAGGAUGGACCAGGGAAAGGAAUUGCCAACACUCACGAUGCCAGUGGUGGCAGUCUAGCCAGUGCAGGUGGACCUAGCUACCAUGGAGGGACAAGAAGUACAGCCUAUGGUGUGACAAACUGUUCAGAUGAGGUGUUUGGUAGUGGAGGUGGUGGGGAGAAUGGUGGAGCUGGGGGAUCCUACAUACACAUUGUUGCUGGAAAGCUCCUUAAAAACUAUGGAACCAUAUCUUCCAAUGGUGUGGAUGGACUGUCUACAUACAAAAGUGGAGGUGGGAGUGGCGGCACUCUCAAGGUCACAGCCACCGCACUUCAAGGUCGCGGUACAUUCACUGCACAUGGGGGUGGUGCUACCUUCUAUACUGACAUCAAUGGAAACAUCAUUGGUAACGGAGGUGGGUCUGGGGGAAGGAUUUGCAUCAACUUGUCUGAAAACUACAGAUUUUUGGGAACUCUCACAGCCAUUGGUGGUCAUUCCCAUGAUGGUUACCAUGGUUCACCAGGAACAGUGUGGCUGGUAAAUACAGUGGGCAGUGAUGUGACCACUCACCUUUGGGCUGACCACAGAAACCAGGCCUGGGGGUGUGAGAAACAUGCGGUAUAUGUGGAUGUACAAGAUGUGACCUAUAUGCAUCCCCUGCGAGAUGCUUGCAUACAUCCAACACAGGACCUGUCAGUAGACCAUAUUGGAGGAGAUGGAAUGGGAACAGUGUACAUAGACACUGGAAUCACCAUGGAACUCGCCCAGAAGUUUACCCGCACUUAUGUCCAAUCUUCUCUCUACAUUGAUGGCAAUGUAAGCUUCCCAGCAACAGUUACUGCUGAACAGACAGUGACAAGCGUGGGUAACAUUAUAGGUGUAGAACACUGGUACAGCCGAGGUAAUACAAAACUAAUGGCAACAGGACAAUCAAAAUGCACAGAUGGAGUUGAACAUGCUGGCGAAUACUACUUUUCCACAUUUACAGCCCUAAGUGAAGGGGAAUUCACAUUCUCUGAUACAACCUACAAUGUCAGUGAAGGACUAACCAUAUUUUUGGACACACUACACAUGGAAGGCCUGUCCCAUGGCUACAUUAACAGUUCCUGCACAGUGAUCAGCAGAGUCCUUGAGAUUGAAAAGCAGUCCUUGCUUGAUGGGAUGGGGCGGGGCUACAUUACCAAUGAUGGCCCCGGGAAUGGAUGUACCAGCGGUUGUGGCUCAGGAGGUGGACAUGGUGGAGCAGGGGGCCAGUGUUCUGGCUGUGGCAGCUGUGCAGGUGGAUUGGCAUAUGACAGCAAUGUCCUGCCUUCUCUGUCAGGCAGUGGAGGUGGUACAUGUUCUCACGGUCAUGGUGGAAUGGGUGGUUCAGCUGUCCGGCUCGUGAACACCUUCACGGCAGUAGAUGGUAACAUUGUGAUGGAUGGUGAAUCAAGUAAAGGUGGAGGAGGUGGUGGAGCAGGGGGUUCGAUCUGGCUAGACAGCAUGAUAAUGCAUGGCUGGGGCACACUGGGAGCUAAUGGUGGUUCAGGCAGCAGUGACUCGUGCGGCACUUACAGUAGCCACCAGGGCGGGGGAGGAGGAGGGGGUAGUAUACGAACCUGGGGGAGCGAUUUUACCAGUAAGCUCCUUCUGCAUCAGAGAACAGUCUUGCCUGGUACUGGGUAUCGCAAUGGGAAUAGUGGAACCCUAUAUAGAGAGAGUGGGAAUGUGUGCAGUGGGAGAGGACUGUUCAAUGAAUCUUCUCUACUGUGUGAAUGUGAUGCAGGUUUUGUUGGCUAUGACUGUCAGUUCCAGUGUGAUAGUAUCUCAACAUGCUCAGAAAAUGGUGUCUGCAAUGACAAAGGCCAGUGUGAGUGCAAUACAGGCUAUGUUGGUACCCACUGUACUAGCCAAUGCCACCGUGACAUUGACUGUAAUGGAAAUGGUGAAUGCUCAACCUGCGGCCUCUGUGUCUGUGACCCAUGUUUCUCCGGCCCAAAUUGCUCCAUUGAAUGUAGCGGGUUUGGUUCAUGCUCAGCUAACCAGUGUGUCUGUGAUGCCUGCCACCUUGGAGUGCAAUGUGAGUCUGAAUGCAACAACCAUGGGUCAUGUGAUUCCGGUACAGGAACAUGUACAUGUGACAACAACUGGGGAGACUUCAAGUGCACCAGAAAAGGAUGCCCGGGGCCAGACCUCAGCUGUAAUGGACAUGGAGAAUGCAACUCUGGAACAAGCACCUGCUUCUGCAGAAUUGGCUGGGAAGGUGACGACUGUGGUACCCCAGACUGUCCAGGGGAACCCAACUGCAAUGACCAAGGACACUGUAACAUCAACUACGACCCACCUAAAUGUACCAACUGUGAUAGUGAAUGGAUGGGUCCCGCUUGCAAUGACCCCUGCGUUUAUGGAACGCCCAAUGAGAAUGGGACAUUCUGUAAUUGCUCUCAGACCUGUUUCCACGGGGCUGGAUGUAACAUAGAGUGCUCUGGAAAUGGGAUCUGUGCUCCAAAUGGCUCUGGAGAAUGCUUCUGUGAUCCGCUUGUUGGCUGGGAUGGAACUUACUGUGAAAUUCGAGGCUGUCCAAGACACCCAGUGACCAAUGUUCAAUGCAGCAAUAGAGGCAACUGUGACUCUGAGCGAAUGCAGUGUGAGUGUGAUGCUGGAUGGGAUGGUGUUGCCUGCCACAUUGCCGACUGCCCCGGGCCAACCAAUUGUUAUGAGCGUGGCACGUGUGAUGAGUCUACGAGCCCACCGAAGUGUGUGUCUUGUGACGCCAACUGGAUGGGUGAAGCCUGUAAUGACCCUUGUCUGCAUGGAACUCAGACACCAAUGGACAGUGGUAUCUGUGAGUGUGACUCCGGAUGGACAGGUGUGGGAUGUGACUCUGAGUGCUCGGAACAUGGCAGUAUCGAUCCAGGAACUAACAUGUGUGUGUGUACGUACGAGCUGGGCUGGAAGGGAGAGGUGUGUAACAUACCUGGCUGUCCUGGACUUAACAACACAGACUGCAGUGGAAGAGGUGGAUGUGACAGUACCUCAGCGACAUGCACAUGUAACAAGGGCUGGCAGAACAUUGGUUGUGAGGACGCAGACUGCCCUGGCGACCCUGACUGUAACAACAGGGGAACAUGUGUGGACACUUUUGACCCACCUGAAUGCUUGUGCCAACAGGGUUGGUUUGGCGAUGCCUGUGAGGAGGAGUGUGUUAACGGCUUGGUGAGCCCCUUGGGUUCUGAUGAUUGUGUUUGUGACCCAGGCUGGGUAGGCAUCAACUGUGAUGUGGAGUGCUCACACCAUGGAACCAUUGUCAACAACAUGUGUCAGUGUGAUAUUGGCUGGCGUGGAGGGGUAUGUGAUAUCCCCGGCUGCCCUGGAGUUAACAAGGACUGCACUGGACAUGGGAACUGUAACACAGAAUUGCACGAGUGCACAUGCUUCAGCGGCUGGACCGGGGAGGUGGAUGGAGCGGGUGUUCUUGACCCAAUGUUGAAUGCCUGUGACGUUCCAGAUUGUCCUGGUAGUCCUGAUUGUAAUGCCCAGGGCACUUGUGAUGAUUCAUACACAACUCCCAAAUGUGUUGACUGCAAUUCUGGCUGGAUGGGCGCUGCUUGUGAGGAAAUCUGUGAUGCAGACCAUGGCGCUCAAAGCCCUAUGAACAGUGGUUUCUGUGAAUGUGAUAGCUGCUACACUGGGAAAGGCUGCAAUGUUGAGUGUGACGGGCAUGGAACUUGUACUGAAGGAAAAUGUGUAUGCGGGGUGGGAUGGCGUGGAACAAAGUGUGAGGUUCCCGGUUGCCCGGGUAACGUGACUGACUGUACCCUCCAUGGCGUCUGCAAUACAGCUAUACAUAAGUGCACAUGUACUCCAGGUUGGAUGGGAGAUGACUGUGCGACCCCGGACUGUGGAGAUGGUGCAUGUUAUGUGGACGAGGGUCGCGGCCUGUGUGAUGGCUCUUCUGGCAUCCCAGAGUGCAUCUGCAAUAUUCCUGAUGGCUGGUACGGACUUGACUGUGACAAAAAGUGUGAGAAUGGCACGGUGGAAAUGACGAACAAUGUGGGUGGAGAGUGUGUGUGUGACCCUUGUUAUAAUGGAGACAGGUGUCAACUUGAGUGUUCCACAAACGGGGUCUGUAAUGAGAACGGUACCUGCGAUUGCUUCAGAGAACCACACAAUGCGUAUGUCGGUACCCUAUGCGAGACAGAAGGCUGUCCAGGUGAGGAGGGGAAGUGUACAGGGAAUGGUGACUGUAUCAACAUGGUGUGCAACUGCUACCCCGGCUGGCAGUCAGAUGACUGUAGUGUCCCUGAGUGCCCCAAUGAUUGUAACAAUCGCGGAGAGUGUGUGUACAACACAGAGAUAGAGGCAGGGGAAUGUAUGUGUAACGAGUCCUGGAUUGGAAAUGACUGCUCUGUACCCUGUGUAAAUGGAACCAACAAUGGUGAUGGGGUCUGCCAGUGUACAUUCACAUGUAAUACAGGCCUGUCAUGUGAUGGCAUCUGCAGUGGUAAUGGUGAAUGUAACAGUGAAGGGGACUGUGUUUGUGACUUUGACCUUGGGUUUAAAGGCGAGAAAUGCACAAUAGAUGGUUGCCCGGGCUGGCCAGACAACUGCAUGAAACAUGGUACAUGUAACGCGGCCAGUGGGGAAUGUGAGUGUGAACAAGGCUGGAAGGGGAAUGCGUGCCAUAUUGCGGACUGCAACUGUAAUGGGGUAAAUGCCACGUGCGAGAUGAGAGAUGGCGAUGAAAAGCCCCGGUGUUAUGAUUGUGAGGCCCCUUACAUUGGAGACAAAUGCCAGUUUAGAUGUGUCGAUGGAGUUGAAAACCCAACAACCUUUGAGUGUAUCUGUGAUGCGUGCUACAGUGGAGCUGAGUGUGACUCUCUUUGUAAUGGACAGGGAUCCUGCAAUAACGGAACCUGUGAUUGUGGCUUUCAUGGCUGGAGGGGAGAGUUCUGUGAAAACGAGGAGUGUCCCGGCUAUGACAUCUCAUGCACAGGUCAUGGUGACUGUAUUCCAACUGGAGAAUGUAACUGUUACACAGGAUGGACUGGCAACGGCUGUCAUACCGUACAAUGCCAGAAUAAUUGUAGCGGCCAAGGAAACUGCCUGCCCUUGGAGCCACCAGAAACUCCAAGGUGCCAAUGCAAUGAGGGCUACUUCAAAACUGACUGCAGCAAUUUCUGUGACCAUGGAACUGUAAUCAAGCCAGAAACCGAGGAUCUCUCCACCUGGUACUGUGAGUGUGAUGCCUGUUAUACAGGGGAGACCUGUAACCUUGAGUGUUCCGGACGGGGUUCGUGUGAUGCCAGUGGCCAGUGUGACUGUGGGACGGCAGGAUGGAGGGGAGAUAACUGCGAGAAAGCUGGGUGUCCUGGGUUGGCUGGCACAGACUGCUCUGGGCAUGGAGACUGUAUCACAUCAUCUGCUGAAGAAAUUGGAACUUGUCAAUGCCAGACAUACUGGGUGGGUGAAGGUUGCUGGACAGCAGAAUGUCUCAACAACUGCACAGGGCGUGGCACUUGUAACAGCACAGUGGAAGUGCCCUUCUGUACCCACUGUGACCAGGGCUGGAUGGGGGCCGACUGCAGCACACCAUGCCAUGGCAUACAAGAACCUAUGGACAGCGGUACCUGUGUGUGCCAGAGUAACUGUAGAAGCGAGGAUGACAACUGUGAGGCUAUAUGCAGUGGACACGGCACAUGUAAUAACGAUACGGGUACAGACUUCUGCGUGUGUGAUGAUGGUAGUGGGCUCAAUGUCAAUGGCUACUGGGGUGACCUGUGUGAGGAGCGAGGUUGUCCAGGAUUUAACAUAGAGUGCAGUGGCCAUGGGUUGUGCAUCCAAGGGAAUUGCCAAUGUAACACUGGCUGGGGCCUAAACAGGACCUACUGCCAUGUGGCAGACUGCCCGGGAAGCCCUGUAGACUGUAGUGGAAAUGGUCAAUGUGACAUCACUGGUGCUAUCCCAGUCUGUGCAUGUUAUGAAGGCUACAUGGGCUCCGAGUGCCAGUACCGGUGUGUGCAUGGUACCUCCCAGAAUGACAUCUGUGUCUGUGACCCUUGUUACACCGGGGGAGCAUGUGAUGAGCUCUGCAAUGCGCACGGCUCCUGUGACAACAAUGGGACAUGUGACUGCAAUCCAAAAUACUGGGGCACUAUGUGUGAAGUCAAGGGCUGUCUUGGUGUGGGAGAGAGUUGCUCAGGCCAUGGUCUGUGUAACCAGGUGGACCAAGUGUGUCAAUGUGACUCCUACUGGACAGGUGAUGACUGUAACUCCUGGGACUGCCCUGGGGACCCUGAUGACUGCAACAACAGAGGUGAAUGUGAGGGUGACACUUACUGGCCACCCAAGUGUUUGAACUGCACAUUGUCCAUGGGAGACUCAUGCCAGUAUGACUGCAUUAACGGACAGGAGGUGGAGCUGUUCUCUGCCGUGUGCACAUGUAACACAUGCUUCUCUGGCUUCUCCUGUGAUGUCGAGUGUAGCACAAAUGGAGAAUGUGCUGUGGACAAAUCUGGCAGUGAGUUUUGCAACUGUUCAGCAGGAUACAAAGGAGACUUCUGUGAACAGCUUGACUGUCCAGGUGAACCAGACUGUACGAGCGACCUCCACGGGACUUGUUCCAUCAACAAUGGUGUGAUAGGGUGUGUGUGUAAUGGAGGGUUUGGAGGGGAUGAUUGUUCCACACUACUCUGUCCCGGCUCUGCAGCUGGCACUCCUUGCAACAACAAUGGUGACUGCCUGCUCAUGUCCGGAGCUAGUGCCCCAUCAUGCGAGUGUUACCAUGGUUUCACAGGUCUGGCAUGUGACCAGUGCACAGCCAACUUUGUGGGCACCCAGUGUGAGCGCUGUCAGGACUUCUACAUUGGCUACAACACCACAUGUGACACGCUCUGUGUGAAUGGUUAUGCCACUGAGUAUGGCGGUGAUGUGUGUGAAUGUAAUGACAAUAACGUGGAUGGGCACUGGAUCAACCCAGAGGAUGGCUGUGUGGUCUGUCUCCAGGGAUGGAACCUCCCACACUGUACCGAGUGUGCUGCCAACUGGGUUGGCCCUGACUGUGACAUAAGCUGUAUGGACGACAAAGGCUACUUCCUCAACAACGAUGAUGGUUCCAUCAUUGAAACCCCCAUCACUCCAGUGUUCCAAUGUGUCCAAGACAACGGGGAUGGUCUCUACACUGCCUGGUUUGGCUAUAUCAACUCAAACCCAAACAAUGUUUACAUCACCUCCAUAGGGGAGAAUGCCUUCUACACUGACAAUGAUGUGGAUAUGGAAUUCUCUCCUCUAACCAAGUUCAUUCCUCAGACUGUGCAGUAUGCUCUAACUGUUGGGCCCAUCAAUAUGACAGCAAUAGGCACAUAUAGAUGGAGAGUAUUUACACUGUCCUUGAGUGACACUCCACUGUCUGCUGACAUCGAUGUCAACACCAUUUGCUCAGACACACCCACACUGACUCCUUUGCCGGUGGUCCAAGGCACCUGUGUGUGUCACCAUGGUUACUGGGGCCCUGCCUGCGAGAUGGAAUGCCCGGGCAAUGGCAACAAUCCCUGUUUUGGGAAGGGAACAUGUGACACAGGAACAGGUCAUUGCUCAUGCAUCAAGGCGGCAAACCCUAAUGACAACUGUGAGACUUGUCUCAGUGGGUGGUACGGAGAUGACUGCUCCCUGGUGUCCACCAACAGAGAGAACUCCAAUGCAGAGUGGUACACAGGCAUGGUUUAUGGGCUGGGCAAUUUCCAGACAUAUGAUGGUUCUAAGUACAUGAGUAACAAGGUUGGUCAGUAUCUACUGACCAGGGUCACAACAGCUUCAUCACAACAACUGGAUGUUCACAUUGUCAGGAUGUCCGGAUCAAACGAGGUUCCAGUUUCCAUGACAAGUGCUAUUGGAUUCUCCAUCAAUGGUCAGAAGGUGGUCAUAAGGGCAGAUGACCAGGGCGGGGCAGGUACUGUGUACAUAAAUGGUAAACUGACCACUGUGGGAAGUGGCCUCACCCUGGCUCCAGAAUGCACUCUGAAAAAGGUUUCGGACAAUCAGUACCAGCUGACUUCUUUCACAGACUUCUACAUCAACAUUGACAUGCAGAAAAGCUACAUUGAUGUCACAGUGAACGCCAAGCAAUCAAUUUGCUCCAGUGCUCUGGCUUUGUUAGGGUCCUGUGACAAUGAUAAUACCGAUGAUUUUACAACAAGCAACGGAAACACAUUGACUUCAGGCGAUUCAUCCUUCUCUCUCACAACAGACAACAUUGAGAAUGUAUUCGUAUCCUCCUGGACAAUUGAUGAUGGUGUAUUCACUGAUGUUAUCCCAGAAUUCAACAGUGAAGGAGGAGACACUUGUAUCCAAGUCAUUGCCAGCUCAAUGGAAAGCUAUUCUAUUAAAUACUUCACAGAGAAUGCCAUCACUGUUGAAAUAAUAUUCUACUUAGAAGUUGUCACAGGCAAUUCAGCUACACUGUGGUCUUACAAGAAUCACAAUGGACACAUUAUCUCUGCUAUGGUGACUAGUGACCUUUAUGUUGCAUAUUCCAUCUUUAACCCAUCAGAAACAACAUACACAGUUGAAACAAUUCCUGUAGAGCUACAGAAAUGGUACCAACUCUCUUUUGUUUGGUCGAGCGCUGAAACAAAAGUCCGAGUUAUACUUGUUGCCGACACUAAAGCUAGUAAUGAUGCAUUCAAUAUUGACACAAACGUUAAGGGUAUCUUUGCCCCUGGUGGCUCCUUUAUGCUCGGUAUGACAUAUGACAACAAUGAUUUCCCAUUCAACGGAUAUCUUGACAACUUUAUAGUGUGGAAAACAGCUGAGAUUAAUGAUGACAUAAUUACCAGAGCAUUUGUUUACCUUAUCUCUUCAGAUCAGCCUAACUUGUCAUACAUUUGGCGCUUCAAUGAGGGUAGUGGAUACACAUCAUCAGACAGUAGUGUGUAUAAGAUCCCAUUCAACUGGGAAAGUGGAAACUGGGCCAACAUUAAGUGGUCUGUAUGUACGUACAAGAUGGAUUAUCCCUCUGCAACGGAUGUCAUUGACAAAAUAAUUGAAAAUCCUCCAAUAGAAUUUGAGAAGUAUUGUAAUGAAACGGUAUACAGCAUACCAAAUGGUGGGGACCUAGGAGAUGCAGCUCUUUAUGAAUUUUACACUGAGUGUUUAACUGCAACAAUCCUAACAAAUGACAAAACAGCUGGAGACGCUGUUUUGAAGCCAAUCUAUGACACGCUUGAACCCAAUAGAACAUCUGAGACCUACCCAGGAACGCUCCUUUGCAAUGAAAAACCAGAAAAUUCUGAUUAUUACGGUGAAAACUGCAAUGUGUACUGUGUAACUGGAGCAGGGGACUACAAUGCCAAUGAUGGUGUUUGUAACUGCAGAGCGGUUUACUAUGGAUAUGGUUGUUCGAAGCAGUGCCCCUACGCCAGGGGUGAAGUGUGCGGAGGGGGAACAUGUCAGCCUGAUACUGGACUUUGUAUAUGCUCAUCUGAAAAAUUUGAUCCUGAUACAGGCUGUGAGACCUGCUCUAGUGGCUAUGUCGGAGUUGAUUGUUCAUCUGUGGGCGCUGUCAUUCCCUCAGGCCUGAGCCAAUACACUGCCACAUGCUAUGGUCAAGGUCACUGUCAAAUGUUUGAUGGACAGAUGUUUGACAUGACUACACCUGGGGAAUAUCUUCUCUUCAAGUCAAGCUCAGCAGCAAUCCAGGUUUAUGCAAGAAUGAGGCCAUGUGCAUCAUGUAAAACAUGCACUCAGCAAAUAUGGUUUAGACUUGCUAGCAACAACUUUAUCAUAAAGACACCUCUCAUUUUGAAUGAUCCACUUAUCUUGGAGCAAGAUGGAAUGCUGGUUACCAUCCUAAGUCUUGCAACUCAUACAAUAGACUCUGAGACUACCAUUACAUGGAUAGAUAAAGUGACUCUACAAUUUGUCAAAGGAUCAUUGGUUAUUGAUGUAUCAUUCAUUGAGGGCUCAUCCUAUUUGUCAGUCAAGAUAAGCACAAAUUGUGCAUCAAAUGACAUCUCAGGCUUACUCGGAAACUGUAAUAGAAACAAAGAUGAUGAUUUCAAAUUAGAGGAUGGCAGCAAUGUUCAAUACAGUGAUGUGAGCAAUGAAAUAAUUGACGACCAGUUUUCUGUCUACCUAACAAACCUCCGAAAUACUGAACCUGAGAAUAGCUUUGUGUACACAUAUCCAGACGUUGAUUUUACUGAGCCACAAGACAUGAUGAAAGGAUACAGCAUCUUCAUAAAUGGGAGUGGAGCAAUGACACCAAGAAUGCCAACAGAUUCCUUUUAUGAAACAACAGCUUUCAAUGUAUCAGUGGAGGUGAGAGUGAAAACACUUGGAAAUAAUGGUUUAAUUGUUGGAUACUACAAAGCAAAUUCAGAUAAUAAGUUCAGUCUGUACCUAGUAGAUAGUAAACUUACGAUUUUCCUGUACAAUACAACUUUCGGAACUGACUUCACUCUUACAUACAACACAUGGUAUCACAUUUUGCUAGCAUUUGAUCUGAAAAACAACAAGUUUGAUGUAUCAGUGUAUCAGGAAACUACCAAAGCUUUCUUCAAACAGUACAGCCAUUCAGCUGUGUCUUUUCCUUCACAAGGCCACUUUCUGCUGGGAAUAUGGGAAAUGGAUCCGCACUUGAACUUUGGUAACUUCCUAGGUCUCGUCGGUGAGCUCAGGGUCUGGAAUAUCUUCCUAGAUAACAAGAAAAUCUACACACUGGUGACUGACCCUGGUAUAACUGGUGUAGAUGGCCUUGUGCUUCAGUACAGGUUCCCCGAAGGCACAGGCACAACCACAUAUGAUUCGAACAAGGGCAUAAGCAUGAAGUUCUCCAGUCAAGGAAAGGUAGCUUGGAUAAUAUCUGAUAAAUCAGGUGUUUCGAUAUCAACCCUUCCUUGCACAAUUUCCAUAGAUGAAACUAGAAUAGAGGAAUGUAAGACAAUAUUUGCUACAGAAUCAGUAAUCAGUUCAUGUGAUGGACUUGGCACUGACACAUCUUCCACUUUCCUCGAUGCCUGUAAGAAUGAUGACAGUUACGUAUCUGCCCUGAAUGCCUAUAUUGAUCUGUGUGAAGAGAUCCUUAACCCAGCAACUAGUCCUACAGAGGACCUUUGCAAAGACCACACCAGUGAACACUAUGACACCUUCUGUGGACACAGGUGUAUGCAAGGUGAGCCAACAGCUGAUGGUUGUAUUUGCUACACAGGAUUCUGGGAUUGGAAUUGUGCUCAGGAAUGCCCUAAUAGAAAUGCUAAUGGCCUCCCUUGCUUUGGAAAUGGUGCUUGUGAAGUAGAAAAUGGGAAAUGCUUGUGCAAGACAGGUUUUGAUUCAGCAACUAAUUGUGAGACUUGCAUUUCACCUUACUACGGAGAUGACUGUUCAAAAUACAAUGUAACUCUUCCACUUGCAAGUGGUUCAGGGCCCCUCAUUCCAAUAACAACUACAACUGCAGCUCCCGGAUCAUCAACAGCAUCACCACCAACACAAGCACCAACUACUGCGUCCCCUCCUACAGGAACACCAUCUACCCCAAGUGGAAGCGGUACUAACAUUGGAAAAACUUGCUCUUUAUCUGGCUCAUUGAAAGUUCUGUCAUUUAAUACAUUUGGAUUCUCCAUCGGUGCUGCUAAUGAGUUCUUUAUUCUAAAACCUCUUCCAACUGUUAUUGAUAAAUAUCCAGCCAUGACUGCACAAUCUGUCAAAUGUGGAACAGCCAUAUGCUUGAAAUCAAUUCAAAUUAAAUUCCUUACAGAAACCAUCGUAAUUGAUGGAACAUCUUUAGCAGUAAAAAAUCGCAUUCAAGUAAAUGGAGUGUAUGAUUUGACUUAUUUACAAUAUUUUAACCACACGCAGACAGCAACUAAUUCACAUAUACUUUCAAGAAAAGCUGGUUUAGUAACAGAUACACUUACAUUGGCAGUAACAUUCUCGUCAAAAGGGUACAUAAAUUCCCUUGUAUUGAAGACCAACUGUACUGAAUGCUCUGACUACACAAUGUGUAAAAUGCCACCUGGGUUAGAGAGCACAUACAAUGCCAAGGAUUCAUCUACAUACCUCACCAUACUAGUCCCUACUGAAGAACAAACCCUUUCUGAUGCAGCAGUUGAACCGUCAACAGAAGCAUUAACAUCUCUGUCAUUUGGAUCAACAAGUUCAGGAACCUAUGGAUCUCUUGGAUCUGGCACUACAACAACAUCUUUUGGAUCAGGAUCAAGUUCUUCAACAUCAGGAGAGAGUUCAGGCACCGGCUCAGACUCUGGAAGUAACUCUGGAACAUCCGAUGGUUCAACUACCUCAUUAACAACACUGACUGCUUCUGGUGAUUCCUAUACUCAAGUGUCUUCAGUCAUCAUUAACGGUGUAUUUGACCAAACUAAGCAAACAACAAUUGAAAUGAGCAUUUUACCUAAAGGAGAUACCAGUACUGGGAACGUAUUCCAGUAUGUUACACAAACUACAUUUGAAGUGUUUUUAGAUAACAACAAAGUGAAGGUGAAAGCUGAUACAACUGUAAUAGAUACUGGAAUUAUUUGUCCUGAUGAGCAGUGGUGCAAAAUGACAUUUAAUCAAGAUACUGACACAGAGAAAAUGACAUUAACUGUGGAAAAUCCAGAUGUUCCUGGAAGCGAACAAACAACGAGUUUCAUUGUCCCAAAUAAUUGCUUUGCCGAUGCAGGUAGAAUUGUGUUUGGAAAACCAGCAGGUCCUCAAGAUGCCUCAGUCACCACUGCAACAACUGGCUCAUUCUCUGGACAAAUUGAAGAUGUUUCUGUAUAUGUAGAAGGAAGCACUGUACCAUCUGCUAAAUACACAUUCGAUGAAGGAUCAGGACAAACAAUAACUGAUGUAUCUGGCCAUGGUUUUGAUGCAGUCAUACAUGAUCCAUUUGGAAUGGGAAAUACCGGCUUUGCAGUCUCAACAUUCCCUGCUCCCGAGCUAGAAACUCAGCUUACUGGAGAAUUCACUACUGAAACUAGCCUAAUGCAAGCUAAUGAAUCUUGUAUUGCUGCAUACAAUAUUCAGACAAUUCAAGAUGCAUGUAAUGGUCUUGGAUCUGGGGCACAAUCAGUAUUUAUUUUCGAAUGCAUGGAUUAUGUGGCAAGAAAUGGCAUAGACAGCAUAACUGAACAACUAGAAUCAUAUACACAACUGUGUUACCUCCAGCUAAUUGAAGAUCCAUUAAACCCAGCAACUCUUGAACUAGACCAGAACCCAACCAAAUUGUUAUGUGUCGAAGAUCCAACAAUAGCAGGCUUUGUGGGCGAAACUUGUGACAUUCCCUGUGUGAACCCAGAUCCUGCAGACACAACAAAGUGUACCUGUGCUGAUGGCUACUUUGGUGAGAAGUGUGAUGAGAUCUGCCCAGGGGGUGUGGAUACUCCUUGCAACAACCAUGGCAUAUGUGACAAGACAUCUGGAGAAUGCCAUUGCUCCUUGAUCUUCACUGGAACUGAUUGCUCACAAUGCUCAAGCUCAUACUAUGGAGAAAACUGCACAGUAAUAGUCCAGCCUAAUAGUGCAAGUGGAUCAACUGUGACUGCCUCUUUCAGUAGUUCAAGUAAUUUGAAAACAUCAGAUGGUGCAUACUUGCAGGUGAACAACAAGGGUCUACUAACAGAGUUGUAUAAUGAUGGAAAUUUGAUAAUAGAAGCACAAACUGGCCCAACCGAACUAUAUGCUAGUGCUCUUAAAGCAGUUGCUCUCUCAAUUGCAGGGCAAAAUGUCAGCAUUUACCCAACUGACUCUGGUACUGUCAAGCUGAAUGGGGCAGAAAUUGCACUAGGAACACUUACUCUGGCAGGCCGAUAUGAGGUGACCAAGACAAGUCAAGAGGUCAUUUCUAUAACAGGACCAAACAGCUUCUCCUUGAGCGUUCCAGUGAGUGGUGAUAGCCUCAAUGUUCAAAUGGAAAUUUCAAAGUCAGCAAGCCAAUUAGCUACAGGCCUCUUUGGUCUCAAGAAGGAAGGCACUGUGUCCAGUUGUCCAGAAGGUGACAUGGUUUGUGUGAUUAAAGCUGAAGGUCUUACCAGUGCUGUAACAAAUCCCAACUAUGAGAUAACAACUGAUGAUCUAACCAACUACUUUGUCAAUAUUAGCAAAUCGUACCAAGAUUCAAUCUUCAAAUAUUCAGGGGAGACACAAGUCACAGCAGGCUCUGCUCUGAAAAUAUCUGAUGGAGGAUCAGUUGCCCUGCCUAAGAUAAGUGAAGAUAUGCUUGUUACCAAUUCAACACAAUAUUCAAUUGAAAUGAGAUUAAAAAUGGAAACUAAGACUGAUGGAACACUCAUAAGUGUAGCAAAUGAUAAUAGUACACUUGGAAUAAUUUGUAAAGGAGGAUUCUACACUGUAAAAUAUGGCACCUAUGAGUAUCUAACUAAUGUUCCAGUCACUUUAAGUGAAUGGACCAAUGUUGGUCUAUCUUUUGACCAAGAAACCGGUAAAGCACUGUUCCACGAAAUCCAUGAGAGUGGGAAUACAAUAUUCAAGCAGCUGAACAUUUCUGAAGCCAUUGCUGUAUAUGGUGAACCAAUUCAAGAAGGUGUAUCUCCAGUAGUAGGACAGUGGCAAAACAUUGGACAGUCUGAACCCACAGACCCACCUGAAGGCAGUGACCCACCAACCAUGAUUGUCGAUAGAGUGUUGAUUACUCCUGCUUACAACAAUAUAACUGACUAUGAGGCAAGCUUUAUGACCAAUGUAGAUUAUGCAACUUUUUUAACAAUGGCAACCACUAACACAAUAAACACAACUUCAACCACAGACACUACAGAUGGAACAAUUGACGAAACAGAUGAAGAAACAGAUGAUGAUACAGAGAGCACAACUUCUACAGCUAUUCUCUCUGGAACAACAACCACAGGAGUGACAAUUCCAAUCAUGGGACUCAACUUUGACGAUGGAACCUCAGCCCCAAUAGAGUUCAUAACAGGUCAAACUGGUCAAAUAGGCUUUGAGGGAACUUACUCCUACCAAGAAAGUGAUCCACCAAUACUCCUUGCAGGAGUUACAGAUCAAAAUGCCAAUGAAGUGGUCCCAGACACAACAGAUCCAGCCAUUGUCGAAAAUUGUGGCACUAUGAAACAAGCACUUGUUGGAUCCUGCAAUGCUAUUUUGGUAGAAUUAAUGUACAAAAGCUGUUUAUAUGAUUCUAUAAUAAGUGGAUCAGUAGACAAUGCACUUGACUCUGUUCUCAAUGCAGCAACACUAUGCAAGAUGGAAGAAAAUCUCAAUGCCCUGCCCACUGACUCUCUUUGUAACAGCUUUGGAGACAGGUUAUAUGCAGGAAUGGGUGGAGAGAACUGCAAUAUCCAGUGUCCAUUUGGAAAAGUAGAGAAUGAUGCCUGUGUGUGUUUUGACGGCUACUGGGGCAGCGAAUGCCAGCAUGAAUGUCCUGGAGGUCAUGCGGAUAUCUGUAGCCAGCACGGCACAUGUAACACCACCACUGGGAAGUGUGCUUGCGAGGAAGAAUGGAAUGGAGACACCAUGUGCAGCACAUGCUCUCAGUACUACGGAGGAGAGAACUGUGACACUCUCUACACAGAUCCCAAUGUGGGCGAAGUGACAACUACUACCACACAAGGCCCUGUGGAAACCACCAUAUCGGGAGGGGAGGUGAUUACAGUGAUACCAACUGGAAAACGGGUGAAGUGCACGGCCAGGGGAAAAAGAGGCAAGAUAAGGAUGUUUAAUACUUAUAUGAAAAGAGUCAAAACUACGUUAGACAAAGCUGUUCUUCUUGAGAUGUCCAACCUCAGGAUUCUGAUUCGACAAAUCAAAUUGAAAAUUCGGAGGAGAAAGGUUACAGUCAUUGACAAAGUUUACAUAACCUAUGAUAACCAAUCAGUCAACUUUGAGCUGAUGUUUGGCUCAAGAAACAGAAAGAAAAGAAGCAGAAAGGCCAAGUCAAAAAUCACAAUUGGUGAUGAGAAACUCACAGAAUGGAAUCAAGAAGAUAUAACACUUGGACAACUCAGCAUGCGAACAUUAAAUGCAAAAACCACACAACUACGAGUAGACCAUCUCGGGUUUAAGAUGAAAGUCGUUCGCGGUGGUCGUUUCUUCAGGCUUAAUGUCGUUCUUGAUAACAACAAGAGGAAUCAUGUGGGUCUGUGUAAGGAUGCAGGGAACAUCAUCACCAGUGAAUACCAGACAUACGCCUCAUCUAAUGUAGUGCUAAUUAAAGAAACAGGAACAAAGUGCUAUGCGGGUGUGGACUUCAGCUUCAAGAGUUACUUUGAUAACACAGCAGUCUCCGGCAAGGUCGCAGGCUCGGCAGCAUGCUGUAGCAGUGCAAGCUUAAGUGUGAACAACUUCCAACUCUUUAACGGCAUAGAAACAACGAUCAUGUUCUACCUGAAAACGUGCACAGACUGUCAUGGAGUAAUCUUCUCCUACAAACGCAAAGGAAGGAGGCCUCUCAGUCUGGACUACAUGAACGAUGAAUUACAACUCUCCUAUGGAAAGAAGACAACCUACACAACUGGCAUUCCUCUCGAGGAUAACGUCUGGCAUUUCAUUGCCAUGACUUGGAGCAAGAAGUUGAAGGAAAUAAACCUGUAUGUGCUAAGUUCAAAGACUGGUAGCACCUUGCAGACAUUUAAGCAGAAGAAAUUUAGGCAAGCGGUGUUCUCUGCAGGUGGAGCUCUGUCUAUUGGCAAGUUCCAGAUCAGCCAGAGAGAGAGCAAGUGGAAGAAAACUGACUCAUUUGUGGGAUGCUAUGACUCCUUGGCAUUUGCAUACAAAGCACUGGAACCUACUGUAAUCCAGAACCUUUACUCCAAGACCCCUAGUGAAAUAGAGGCCUACCUUGACCAGACUGACUUCUUCUACUAUGACUUUGAUGAAGACCCUGCUGACACCGACGGGUAUCUCGAAAACAAUAAAGCCACAGAUUCACUGAAGAUUGAAAACAAGGCACCACUUAAAAACUGCUACCUCAAGACCUCAGAUGCACCAAUAGCUGAGGAAUCUACAGCUAACAAACGUCGGAGACGAUCAGUGGACAUGGAGAAGACCAGAUUGACCCCACAUGUGCAAUACUCUGCAUGGAAGGAGCCUACAGUCAGACAAAAGAGGGCAACCAUUGGCUACGACUUUGAUGCAUUUUGCGACCGCGUGUUUGAUUCCUCUUCAAGCUCACUAUCUCAGACCUGCAGUGUAACCUCAAUGCUGCCGACAAGGAGUACCUAUCUAUGGGAAUGUUAUGAUGCCAACGGCGACUCUGAGGCAAUAGCAGACGCCAUUGAAAGUUUUGCCUCUGCUUGUGAAACUGACCUAAAUUUGAGCUCAAAUCCUGCUUCCCAGACCUGCCGUGAGUUUGAAAAUGACUUCAACCUGUAUCCGUAUCUGUCCGAAGUCUGCAGUCCCGACUGCUUGAAUGGUGCUCUUACAAGUUCUUCCAGCUCCUGCGAAUGUGACAGUGGCUUCUGGGAUUCCAUGUGCAGUUCCAUAUGCCCAGGUGGUGCAACCAAUCCAUGCAAUGGAUUUGGGUCAUGUGAACAGAGUACGGGAGAGUGUAACUGCCCCAUCAACAGGAUGGGCAGCGCUGACUGUAGUGUCUGCUCUGGUGGAUGGUAUGGUGACAACUGUGAUAUCUCAGACAAUGAGGAAAUAAGUGGUGUCUCCAACUCAAUGGCAAUACUGGGCCAGCUUGGUAGCAUCUACACAUUAGAUGGUUUAACUUACUCAAUAAAAUCUCAAGGGGAAAUCUUACUGCUAGCAGUUUCAGAAAAUAUUGUUAUCCAUGGGAAAUUCAUCACAUGUUAUACAAACUAUUCCUGCACAUCAUUCAUUGCAACAAGAAUUGGAGACAGUGCUAAUGGCUUUGCUACAAUAACUAUCCAAUCGCAGAGAACAUACAAUUCCAAACCGCUCGUAUAUAUAAAUGGUGUUUCUGACUCAGUUGACACAACAACAUACUUCAAUGGAUUCAAACUCCACAGAUCAACCAUCUUUGAACUAACAUUUGAAGUUAAAGACCUGAUGACAUUCAAAGUGAGAACUGUUGGCCAGUACCUCCACUUCAGCACUGAAAUUAACAACCAAUUUGUAAGCAAAACAUCGGGCAUCCUUAGUGGUAGUUUGAACAGUAUAACAGCAGAUAAACUAGACCAUCUAUACAGCAGCAAUCUUACUUCUUUUGAAAUCUGCAGUGAUCUAUCUUCCACACAGACUAAAGCCUUAAGUGAGAGUUCUACAGUCCUGACACUCUCUCCAUAUACUCAACUAUAUGGCAAUGAAUCAAGUCUUUACAUGGCCAGAUAUUCAGUAUCAACAUGUGAUAGCAUCAUCCAUUACCCAAGUGAAGAUUACCGAGCACAGACGCAAGGCGGUUACAGUUUGUCCUUCAGCCAGUCCAGUUUACACCAAUACUUCUCCAUUGACACGUCUGUCUACCCCUCCCUUACUUUUGAAAUGCUUGUCAAAACACCAACUGGCAAUAGCAGUGGAGUCUUGUUUGGAUUUACAUCUGAUAGUAUAGCCUUCGCUUUGGUCAGUCAGGAAACAUCUAUACAGAUUCACACAUACACCAAUACCAACACUACUAUGUAUGACUCAGCACUGUCUGUGGAUGCUGAUGAAUGGAAUAAAGUGGUCCUAACUUAUGACACAACAUCUGGUGAAUGCUACUUGUACAUUAUCUAUGCAGAUGGUUCUUCAUCUACAACUGGCUCAUUUACAAUUGAAAGUACCAUAUUCAGUCAAACGGGAACUUUGUCCAUCGGCCAAUGGAAAAGCCCGUCAAAUUCCAAAGAAUACAGCUUACACAGUAGCUUUACUGGGGAAAUAGAAAAUUUCAUGAUUUGGAAUGUAAUUGUUGACGACAGUCAAGUUACACAACUUCACCAGAUGAACCCAUCCCUUGCAUCAGCAACAUUGAUCUAUGCUCUUGAAUUCAACGAAGGAGAUGGCGGAAUGACCUAUGACAGCAUUUACAACACAGAGGUUUCACUACCUGACUACCCAUGGAAUGCCCCAAAAUGGAAAAUAUCAGACCUAACAUACUCCAGCGGUGAUCUAACCUACCUUGCAUUUGUAUAUUUCAAAGAUUCCUCUCUGGCUCACGCAGCCAACGAGCUUUGUACAGCUGGUCUUUUCUCAUCCACAUGCUCAGGAAUCAACAAUGCAACAAUGGAAUUCUUCUUUGUUAACUGUAGGCAGGCAAUAGCAGCUACAAAUGACUUGACAUCUGGAUACAACAUUGUACUUGACGUCUACAAAAUAUGUUCAUCACAGAACAUUUUCAAUGCGACAGAAAUAGACUCUUACUGUGACUCAAUAAGUGAUGAACACAAGAAUGCCUCUACCUGCACCACUGACUGCCCAUAUGGCAUGGCCUACUCCAACGGAACCUGCGUCUGUUUCCAGGGUUACUAUGGAACCCAGUGUGACAACGUGUGCCCAGGAAGUUCUGACAGCCCAUGUAACAGCCAUGGAGAGUGUCAAGCUGAUGGGACGUGCCAGUGUUGGUGGAACUGGAAUGGAGAUUCCACCUGUUCCAGCUGCUCUUCAGAUGGGGCAGGCUUCAUGGUUGGUCCAGAUUGUCUUACACUAGACACCACUUCUUUGUCAGCUGCCUCUAACAAGAUUGGUGCAGUAUCAAGCAAUGGGUACUUUAUGACAUUCGAUGGCCAACAGAUAUCAUUUAUUGGUGAGACUGGUGCAUUCCUGCUUCUCAGCUCUGCAAAUCUGGGAAUUGAUGUCCAUGUUUACCAGGUCAGCUGUCACUAUGGCUCCUGUGUAGCAGCUGUGUCAUUAGAAACAGCCAAUGCAAGUGUUGUUAUUGCUCCACCAGGACAGGGCUAUGCUCCAAUUGUGUACAAAAAUGGAGAGCUCAUUACUCUUGAGGAUACCACUGUAGUUAUUGAUAGUUCCAUCACAAUCACACAAGACUCCCUAACAGAAAUAACAGUUGAGGGUAUCACUCUUGGUUCAAUAACCAUGAAGAUAGUUGUGCAAGAAGAAUUCCUCCAGGCCUCUGUAUACACACAAACAACAGUGUGCCAGUCAGCCACAGGCAUCUUUGGUGCAUGUGGAUCGGGAACGGAUUAUUCGUCAAUGACUGAAACUGAGAUCAAUGAAUAUAUUGUGACCAACUAUCGGCUAGCUAGCAGCAUUAUUUUAAGUUCUCUAAAUGCACCUGUUGGGGAUGGGUCAAAUAUAACAGGAUAUUCGCUCAAAUUUGACCAUAAUUCAGUUAUGACGAAGCCAUUAGAUUAUCCAAAUGGUGUUAGUUUAAAUAAUCAAAACUUCAGUCUCUCAAUUUACUGGAAACCCUAUUCAUAUGGAGGAUACAUUGUUUCAUAUGGAAAAGACAUUGCUUUUACCAUCCUGAACUCAGCCCCUCUGAAAUUACAAUAUGAGACAACUACUCUUGAAACAUCAGUUAAUCCUGAAUUGAAUUCCUGGAACCAACUUGUAUUAACAUUCAAUAGAGACAGUGAUACAAUAGACUUAUACUUCUUUAGUGCUACAUCUCAAGUAACUCAUGAGAUUCUGAGUUUCAGUUGUCCCACUAUAUUUGAAGUUGGUGGAACAAUAAUGCUUGGAGAGUAUUUGCCUGCAAAGGAGACCAAACACACUUAUACCACAGACCACUACUCAGGGGUAAUAGAUGAAGUUUCCAUCUGGAAGAAUCCGAUACCAAACAAUCUUGUAUAUCAGGCACACUUGUUGAGCACCAAAGUAUCUGGUUUCUCUUCAGAACUCAGUCAGCUGAUCUCCUUCUCAGAGGGAGUUGGGACAGUGGGAUUUGACGAUAUAUAUGGCAACAACCUCAUACUUCCAAAAGCUCCAUGGAAAUCACCAGAAUGGCUGGUCUCAGAUCUCGGUCUGAAAAAUCUUAGAGUGGUGGAAAACAUCCGAUCCCAGACUGAUAAUAUUGACUCAGAUGUUGAGACACUAUGUGCUGAAUUCUUUGAUGAUACCGCUGUAUCUUCAAACUGUGCCUCUGUAUCAACUUUCAUCAGGUGGUGGUACAAACAGAACUGUAUGAUUUCUGCUACACUUUCAGGCAACAUCUCGGAUGUGACAAUGGCCAUGGUUGACUUCACCUCAUUGUGUUCUGUGGUAGGCGACACAACCACACAACUGUUUGAUGUUAUAUGCAAUCUCAAUGUGACAAAACCGGGAUGGCUGGUGCAGAAAUGUUCCAACUGCGCGUUUGGAUAUGAUUAUAAUGGCGCAUGCAUGUGUUACUACGGUUACUAUGGAACACAGUGUGACUCAGUCUGCCCGGGUGGAGCAGCAAGUCCUUGCAAUGGACAUGGAGUGUGUGACAAGAGUGGACUAUGUCAGUGUUCUGGAAGAUUUAGUGGUGCCGAUUGUAGCAGUUGUCAGACUAGUUGGACGGGUGAUGAGUGUACAGUCAUGAAAGAUGCAGUUUACAAUCCCAUAGGAAACAAUGCAGAGACUCUUGUCUCUCAGGUCAACCUAAUUGGUCAGCUGUCCAUGUUUGAUGGUACGAUUGUUGACACAUCAAAGAGAGGGUACUUUGAGCUAAUGUCAGUAGACAGUCUGAAUGUUGCUAUGUAUGGUAGAUUUGGAGUGUGUUCAUCAUCAUCAAUACUCUAUAACUGUCUGAUUGGAUUUGUGAUUGAACAUCAAGGGAAGGAGUAUUACAUAAGUCAUGAAGCUUAUGACCAGCUAUCCAGCAUAGAAAUAAUGACAAAAGAUUCAAACUUGACCUUAUAUACUAAAAUGAUAUUAGGUGACAUUACACUAGAGCUUGAAUCUCCCACAACACUGAAGAUGACAAUGGCGGGCUCCAACAUGGAAGUGAAAAUAUCCUCAAUCAGUGACAGACUUCUAGCAACAAUGUCCUUGCCAAGAACUGAAUGGGAUACGUUGCAAAGCAACCUAGAUGGUGUAGUGACUUCCUGUGAUACUCAAGUAGCAAUAACUGCAUCCAACUGUAGUGAUGUCACCAGAGAGAAAAUAUGCACCAACACUCACACGAUAGCACCAGAAUGUGCCCUCUCUCAAACGCAAGAUGCUCUCUCCCAGUACAUCUCCAAUAAGGCUUAUACAAACUCUGAAUUUAUGGACAUAGUUGAAGAAAGAUACCUUUCUCCUCUAGCACCAAACUGCCUAUCAAUCUCUGAAGGAAGUGGAAUAACAACAUCAGGAAUCAGCAUGCCGAGCUCAGAUUUCAACAUUGAAAUGCAUGUGAAACCAGACAAGAAAGGUGGGAUUCUCAUGACAUAUGACAAUGCUGGAGACUAUGUGGUACUUUUGAACCAUGACGUCACGGAUCAGCUGGUACUUCACACACCUACCAAGAACUUCUUCACGGGUCUAACACUGGAUAACAACAAGUGGAACCAGAUCAACCUGGCUUGGAGAGAUGAGGAUGACACCUUAGAGGUCUACAUGGCAGAUGAUACAGGUACAUUUUCUUCCUUUGCUUGUCCAAUCACUGACAUAUUUGAGGCUCCAGGAACAAUGACCCUUGGCCAAUUGACACCAGGUCUUACAACUGCCAUCGCAACAGGAGACUUCUCAGGAAAGAUAGAUGAAGUCCGUAUCUGGUCCAGAGACCAUAAUCCAAAUGUGAUUACAGAUAACUUCCGUGUUACAGCAACUACGACAACAUCAGGCGUAACCCACAUGUGGAAUUUCAAUGAAGGCACUGGUCUCACAGCGUAUGAGAAGAUAUCAGGACAGAACAUGAUGCCAGUGGACACUGCCAAUGCUCCUAAGUGGGUGAAAUCUGACCUUGACCUUUCUACUGAAGAUGCUCUAGAUGUUCCCAAACUGACCUCACAAGACGAACAAAAUGCUGAAUUAGUGACAGCAGCCCAAACCACAUGCACUAACCUAAUAGACUCAUUCUCAUUCAAUGCUGUUAGCUCAGAUAUUGAUUUACUGCUUGCUGUAUAUAAAGCUCUGUGUGUACAAGAAAUGAUUUCAGCAGAUAAUGAGGACCAGGCAGCAGCAAUAACUGCCAGCUUGGCAGAUGUCUAUAUGGCACAGACAAAUGAAUCAAACCCGUUAGUAGACCUAUGUACUGUGACUUCCAUAGCUGCUUUCAUAGGAUCUCAAGAUGAUAAUGGAACAUGCUCUUUGUGCAUUUUUAAGAGGCUAGACGUAAGUGAUGGAUGUGUUUGUCUGGACAGCCGUUCAGGAGAGGGUUGUGAUCAGGCUUGUCCAUCUGUUGAGAAUAAGGAGCCAUGUAGCUCCUCUGGAGUGUGCUACUCUGGCCAGUGCAGCUGCCAUCCAAAACAUUACACUAGUGAAAGUUCGGCCGAAUUAUUUUGGAAAAACUACAUCAGUGGAACCGACAUGAGCAUGCCAACUGAUUAUGCCUGUGAAACCUGCUCAGGAGACUGGGUAGGAAAAGAAUGUGAAUUUUCAAUUGCCACACCAACUUCAACAGGCACUGCUGGUGCCUUGGCAUAUGGGUCUUUCAUCACAACUGUGGGUGGAAUGUCAUUCUCCCAUGCAACUCCAGGAACAUACACACUACUCAAGACUGAUUCACUUGAGGUCCAGGCUCAGUACAGCCCUUGUGUAGGGGACAACACCUGCCGUAAGAUGACUGAGCUUGCCAUAUCAGAUGGAUCAACAUCUGUUCACGUACAACAUAACCCUGAUGGCGGCAAUUUGACAGUACUUGUGAAAGAAAGUGGGUCCCAACCUGAAACACUUUUGUACCCUGAAGAAAAGACAUUUGGAAGUAUCUCUAUCAAAUGGAAUCAAGAUCCAUUCAUAGAAUUAACAAGUGGUGGCUCAUCGUUUGUUGCUUAUGAUUCAGCAAUAGGACUCAUUACAAAUGCCAAGAUAGUAUCAGGUCAUGCAGAAUCCAACCAAGGGCUCCUAGGAAGCUCAGGAACUGACUGGGUCAGCGACGUCAAAUGCCAAGGAGAAACUGCUUCCAUCACAGAGAGCGAUAUGACUACAGACUAUGUUGGGGAUUGUGUCAAAGAAAGGUAUAUGCCACAAACAAGCCUUAUUGACCAUGAAGAUGGCACUGAACAGUUAACAUCAGGGGGAUUCAGUCUACAUUUGAAAGGUGACACACAAUUUACAGCCACAGGGUUUGAUGUGGAACAAGGGAUUUCAGACAUAACCAUGGCAUUAUGGGUGAAACAUGACUCAACAUCAAGUAAGCGAUCUACAGCAUCGUUCAAUGUCAUGACAGUAGACAUGGGAGCAAGCUCAGUAGUUGUUCGUGUUGACUCGGGCACUCUAGUGUUUGACUGGGAUACAGCAUAUACAACAGGCAUAACAUUCAGUUCAGGUGAAUGGUACUACCUUGUCUGGACCUGGGCCUCAGACACUGGCUCAGUUUCAGUAUUCCUCAUCUCGGACACAACCAUCCAGGCCAAAAGCCCAAUCAGUGCAACUGUGAAGCAAGGACAGACCAUUGACAUGGAGAGUAUCACCAUGAUUGCUGCUGGGUCUGAUUCACUUACUGUGGAUUGUGUGAGAACAUGGAAAGAGACCAAGUCGGUUGAUGAUUCUAGUGAAGCCAGCAAACAGUACUGUGGGACCACUAAGGCUGGAGACAAACUGAUGCUGGUCAUGACCUUUGAUGAGGGUAAUGGGACCACAUCUUCCAUGAGCACAUACAACCCUGCCACUGGAGCAGUGUAUGGAUCAGCUGUUGGAAACACAACAGUCACUGUUACAGGCUCUGACUUAAGCGACAUAUGGAAACCCUCCUCAAUCCCAGUAGACAACAUCAACUCACCUCGAACCCUGACGACCUUCAGCAGAGUCGAUUCAGUCAACUACACAGCAGCUGCCAUAGAAUGCCUUGAAGUAUUGGAGAAUGAAAACAUUACUGAACACUGUGACACUCUGCCAUCCGGAAUUAAAGAUCACUUCCUGGAGGCAUGUAUAAGGGAGUACAGCAGAAUCGGGGCAACGGAAUCACAGGCCAUUAUGCUCAAGUCUUUGAUCUUUUAUUGUGCAACUGCCAUGAGCGUAUCAGAAUGCAACUUUAAAGAUUAUUUCUACUUCUGUGACGAAAUUGAGGAAGACAGUGCAGCGUUCCCAGUAUGGAUAAUCGGAGUUGUUGCUGGUGUAUUGUUGUUAGUAAUAGUGGCUGUAGUUGGUGCACUUCUUUACAAAAAAUACAAGAAGAGAAAGGAAGAGCAAGAUUUAGGAGAAAAUGGUGACUACGCUGUACUGCAAAACAGAGUAACUAAUACAAGGUUCAACAAAUCACGCCUUGGGUACAACAGAAGGGAUAAGGAGACAUCAUUCAUGAGUGGCAGAGACUCUCAAUGGGAUGAUGGCAGGGAAUCCGCCCUCUCUUUUGAGUCUGGACGCGCUUCGCAGGCAUCUAUCGGCACCAGGUUCUUUGAGUCUCCAAUCAUGUUCAUGAGCGCGGCCCCAAGUAGCACCUUUGGCACCAGGGCAGAAUCUGCAGGAAGUAGGACUAGUUCACCUUUCAACUGGCUCAAGAAAAAGAAAGAAGUCAAACCGGAGAGCAUCACUGUGGGUCCUGUAGGUAAAGUUCCUGAAAAAUUCAAGAAGCAGGAAGACCUCUCAAAUGUGAAAACGGAAGGCAAGUCAACAUUCUCGGCUGUGUCAAAACUCAUCAACAAAGCGCGCAAGGAUGCAGUAGCAGAGUCCCCUCACCCUGAGCCCGAGCAAGGGGAAAUUACCAAAGGUCCAUCAAGGAGGAGCUCCUUGUUUCAAGCCAAGACUUCUGCCCCGUCCUCUCCCGUCAACAGCCCACUGGAAAGCCCCACAGGAAGCCGCCUCUGGUAUCGCAGAGGAAGCUCGCCACCAAUGAGUCCUACAGGCUCAGUAAGCAGCAGUACAAGCAAGACACCAAAGAUCACUCCAGCCCACAUACCUCGCUCCCAACCCACGGCACCUGCAAGCAUUUUUGGUGGAAACGGUGCCCGCGAGACGCCCAAGCCCAGAUUUGGGACAGAUGCCCCAACAACCAUCACAGGGACCAGGGAAACACCUCAGCCUAAGUUCUUCAGUAAUGAGGGACAAUUGUCAUUUGGUGGAGAGACUGCAAACCCCUGGAAGAAGUCGGUAUCUAUACCCCGGCUACCUCCACCAAUGAACUUGGCGUCUCGUAAACAAAGAAAAGAUGACAAAUAAACACAAAAAUGCAGUGGGCCAUCAUUUUUUUUAUUUUUAUAAGUGUUUGACAAUAUAUGACAGUUUUGUUUAAAUUAAUAUAUACAUAAAGCAUUCAUAAUGAUCUUGUACUUAAUUUACAUUUCUCAUUCUUUUGUAUAACCAGUAGUAAUGUUGCUGUAAUGAUGAGAAGACAUUUUGUUGUGCCAAUUUUGAUACAGUAAUCAACUAACCAUUCCAUCCGAAGACUGUGAUAAAUCUAAAUUCCACCUGUGAUAUUUUAAAAAAAGUGUUUUGGUACUUAAAAGUUUGUGUAAAUAAUUUGAACACUGUUUCUAUCUGCAUUAUGCAUAUUUAUUCUGAUAUCCAGGACCUUUAGACAUAUAUAUAAGCUGCUGGUAGCAUUGUUUUCGUUAUCUUUAUUUUUCAGCUGCAGCCAAAUGUAUAAUUGGAUAAAUAGUGGCCAAUAAAUUAACAUCUUGGCUAAUUUUAACCAAACUGAAGAAUUAAAUUGUUUUAAACAAUUGACUGCUGUUUCUUUAAAUAUGUCUCCAUGUCUUUCAAUAUACUUAUUACUAAUUCAUUUUAUAUUUAUCGGUAACUGUUGUUAAUACUAUCAGAAUUGUAUACCAUGUUGUAUAUACAUAUCAGAUCAUUUCUAUUGAAUUUCAUGUUAAAACUUAUUUUUCUAUUUUCCUAAAAUAAAUUCUUUGA